AUGUUGUCGUUCAUAUUGAUCCAGAACCGGCAAGGCAAGACGCGGUUGGCAAAGUGGUACGUCCCGUACGACGACGACGACAAGAUCCGGCUGAAGGGCGAGGUACACCGCCUGGUAGCCCCCAGAGACCAAAAGUACCAGUCCAACUUCGUCGAGUUCCGCAACCACAAGAUCGUGUACCGGCGCUACGCGGGCCUGUUCUUCUGCGCCUGCGUCGACACCAACGACAACGAGCUGGCCUACCUCGAGGCCAUCCACUUCUUUGUCGAGGUGCUCGACGCCUUCUUUGGCAACGUGUGCGAGCUCGAUUUGGUCUUCAACUUCUACAAGGUUUACGCCAUUCUCGACGAGGUCUUCCUUGCUGGCGAGAUCGAGGAGACUAGCAAGCAGGUCGUGCUCACGCGCCUCGAGCAUUUGGACAAGCUGGAGUGA